CGCGUUGGUCCCUUGUCAGCUACUGAGUUGGUGCAAAUCAUGAGGCAAUCAAGCCGUUUUGACAAAACAUGUAUACUUUUUUUUUCGCUAUUAGGGAAUGAGGACGAACAGUAAUGACGACUAUCUCCAUCAAAGAACAAAGUGUUGACGCCAGUGUCACUGUCGCUGUACAAAACGACAGCAGACAAAAACGAAGAGACAUUGACAGCUAAUCUAAUCAAUGAACCAACAACGAUGAUCACUAACCAACCAGCUGAAAGCUGCUUCGGCAAUGCGAGAACACCUCCAAUCUCGUUCUUCUCAACAGCACAGAGAACACAGGCAACUCUCUUGAAUGGAACGGACUUUCGGCACGAGCUUGGUUGCAUCACAAAGGGGACCUCUCUCAUCCUCAGCAACCUUGGAGUGCCGACUCACUCUCAGAUUCGGGACAUUACUUCUUGCUGCCCUUUGGCUUUUUCGUAGGUUUGUUUUGUUUGGUAUUUUUUCCUUUUUUGGUAACUUUGGUUGGUGCAGCGGUCGGUAAAGUCUCAGUUGCACCGCACCUUUCAUGUGCGGCUGGGUCCUCGUCGCAAUAUCCUUCGGGUAGUCCAAAUUCGUUCACAGUGAUGGGGACUGAAAUUUUGUUGCUGACACGACCGUCGGCAGUUUUCACUUCAAGGUUGACAUGCCCGUCGUAGUCUUCCUCGUAGACGAACUCAGCAAAUUUUUGAAGAUAAUAUGUCCUGGAUCAACACCCCAGAAUGCGACAACAUCGAUUACCACUCCAAGAUCUUCGAUUAGGUUAACUGAAGCUUCGAGAUCUGAAAUAGAAUUAUCGUCUGGCUCCGUACCAGCCAGAACGAUUACAUUGGAGGUGACACCAUCACGCCAAGGCAAAUGGGAGAAGACUUUGUCGAGACCAGAAAGUAACAAAGAACCUGUUUCACAAGUUUUGGAUUUCACAGAUCCAAUUGCCUUCUUGAGCUCGUUAGGAUCAUUGGUAAAUUCUUGAAGAAAUUUUGUGUCUCCGUCUUCACACCCAUAGGACAAAAUGCCAAAACGCCAGCUCUCGGUGAUGGCGGAAAGAGUGCUACUGACGGCCUUGAUAGCGUCCUUGGUCCCCUUCAAUGCUUCUUCCGAUAGCGUAGUAUCGAUGAGCAAUGCAAAAUCAAAAGAACUAUCGGGAUACUUAGCACUGGAACGAUCCCUUCUCUUGCGUCUUUCCGUUAGCAACUUCGGCAGUACUUGAUUUUUCAAGAAAUUAGACAUUCCAAUUCCCAAACUAGUGUGACCUCUCUCAUUUGGAUGAUAUAAUUGCUGCGUGAAAAGGCAUGAGAAAAGAUUGGGAUAAGGUGUACUUCAGUGAAGAAAAUUUGAAAAGUGAUGAAAGAAAAACCAAAUGCGAACGUCUUCCUCACCUUUUGGCAUUCCAAACUUAAUCCAGAACAAAGCAAGGCCGAUGCAUCCAUUUCUACCAAAAAUCCAUCAGGAUUUUGUUGGAGAGUGGUGGUCAUUGCUUCGUGAGUAUCAAAGAUCUCGGUAGAUUCAGCGAAGAAGUGAAACGCAUCGGUUUGCAAUUUCCUAUUCAAUUUAUCAACAACUUCUUUUUGUUUCUCGUUGGCAAGAGCUACCACGUCUCGAAUCAAUGUAUUUGCCCAUCUCGUAUCUUCAAAACCGGAGGUAGUGCCCUCUUGCUCUGGGGUCACGGUCAAGUAUGGAUAUGCACCGAUAACAACCCUUGCUUCUGGUUUCAGUUUGUCGAAAAGCUGUUCCAUCGCGUUGUACAUCAUAUUGAUGUAAUCAUCGUUAAUGAAGUUUUUGACAGCUGCAAUUGAGGUUUCGCAUUUUUCCUUGUUCCGGCCCGUAUAUACGAGGAUGCAAUCCCUCACGAUGUCACCAAACUUUGCAUCGUUGCCACCGGUAGUAAUCAAUACUGAAAAGAAGCAGAAGCAAAUUCAAUUUUUUAUUCGUAAGUAAAACUCAUAUUCAUUGAUGAAAACGAACUCAAUUCAAACAAAACGUAAAUCAUACCUAGAUCCACAUCAUUGGAAACUUCGUCAAGUUGAGGACGCAUUAUAUUACAACAAUGGUCCGCAAACGGCCACGGGAAUUCUGUUUUUUCGAGCCUCAUUUCAGGCAGAUAUUCUUUGCACUCCCCUUUGUUUACAUGUUCGCCAUCGUUCUCAAGGAGAAGAUAAUCUUCGUAAAGAUGUUUGAUCUUUGAUCCAGCGCAUGCCCUAUUAAUGUAAAGGAGAGCAUCAGGAUGUUCAAAACUCGACCUGAGGAUAUCCGUGGCUUGCCUACCCCAGUUGGUGUCAUGGCGAAAACACCAUUUGGGCCCAACCGAUAAGUAUGACAGACCGUUCGCACCAUUACCUGAGGAGUAAGAAUCACCCAUAUGGAGAAUCUUCACGUGAGAGUCAUAUUUGCUAAUUUUCGGUGCCAAAUUCCUGCCAUUAGCAUUGUUGGCGUGAAGGCUAGAAUCGACCCUGGUGGCAAGGGAAUCGGUUGGAUCGUCAGAACCGAGACUGGCAUUCGAUGCGGACGAAACGUCUAAGCCGACACGCAAGGAAGAGGCAACUUCGUCUUUGUCCGAAGAAGAGAAGAGAGAAGAACCUGGAUCCGGGCUGUCGCCAAAUGCUACUGGUGCGGCAGCACAGAGGGCAAGGAACGUCACGAAAGAGAAUUGAAUUUUCUUUGUACUGCGAUUCAAAGUCACUUUGGUGCCUUUCGAGGAAUAGAAAGAAGAUUCAAUGCAACCCAUAACCGUGAGAAUUGUUUAUGGGAGGCGAGCAUUCCGAAAAAGAUAGAGCGUGACAAAAAUAAGAUUGAUUCCAACGC